UGCACACCGGACAACCUAUGCAUACACAACAUCUCCAAGCAGUUUAACUCGCAGUUUCACCUUGCCAUGGUGGUGGGAGACUGGCUUUCAGGAAAAUACGCGGUGUUGUUGAUGUCCAGAGGUGUGAUUACCUCGAGAUAAGAGACGAAACGUGAGAGUCAAGCGCGGGGUCAGCCACAAGAAGGGAGACAGAGAGGCGUGCCUAUCCAGACCGCCGCGUUCCCCAGGGGAGCAGGAACACAACAACCCAUAAGAGCAGAUAAAGCGCCCAAAAGCCCGAAGACACCUCACCCCGUGGAUAUAUAUUCACUGGUUCUUGCAAAGAGCAGUCCUUGGUGGACUCUGAGGAAGCAGCCUUGGAGAAGGUGAGUUGGAAAUACGAAACUGUCCAAAGUCCACAGCGGCAGCUUGCUGGAGUGUGACGACGGGCUAGCAUGGACAGCUUCACUUCACCGUCCGCUCCCGACGGAACAAGCGGCGGCCAAUACAGCAGCACCCGGUCAAGCUUACCAGCUGCCUCGUCGGGAGCUGCGGAAGGGCAGCAACCUGAAGGAGAAGCACCGGGAGCGUCGGGGCAAGCGGCAACACCGCGUCAACAACCUCAGGGCAGCAGCAUGUACGACCUCUUCCUUACCGCCAUCGGCCUGACCCCUCCUGGACUGGGAGCAGAAACUUUUUCUCCUGGCGGAUCGGGGGUGGAGGCCGAGGAGGAGGAGUUCUGGUCAGCUACGAACGAAGAAGAGAAGAUCGGUGGUGUCCCAAGCGGCGGCGGUGGCGUUGUUGCCGAAAGUAGUCGCAGUGGAAUGCCCCCCCGCCGGCAGGAACAGCAGCAGCCGGCUGUAGCGGCAGGUGGUGGUGCCGGAACAGAGAGCGGAGACAACGACAACAACAACGACGUACCGAUAGGAGGUGCAUGUGCAAACUCCUACAGCAGUGUUUCAGCGGUGGCGGGGGUACGCGGGAGAGGCACGACGUUCACAUACAGCAGUGCUUCAGCAGUGGCGGGGUUAGACGGUAGAGACACGAUGUUCAAUAGCGUCGCAGGUAGCAACCGCUCGGCGCCGGCAGCCGGCGCUCAGCGACCCUCAGCAGGGGCUGAAAUAGCGCGAACGCAUCCGGGCGAAGCAUCUGACGGUCAGGACGCCUCUGUUGACACGGCUGCUGACGCAAUGUGCACGGCAACGGGAGCCGAGGGGACCGCCAGAAGAAGAAGGAGGCUAUUGGGCAGUAACGCGGCGGUAGGGCCGGAGUCAGACGCGAGAGCCUCUCGCUCCCGAACUUUUUCGGCCACCACACCUCGACUCUUCAGGCGGGGGAACCCUCUGUUCCGCUCGGGCGAUAUAGGCUCCUUCUGGCGCUCGAACGUCUUCGCCGGGAACGCCACCUUUGACGACGAGAAUGACGUAGAAGAGGACGCGGCCGGCACGGGCACUCGCGCCGUGGAAAGGGCAGUCAACGGGACCUCGGCAGUGACGGCAGCAGCUACGGGUGGCCACGCCGCUACUGCCGUGGCAGACGUGGAACGUAAUGACAGGGUCGCCGGCUGCAACAGUCUGGAUAGUACCGAGAGGGGGGAAGGCGGUGACGGCGGCGGACAGGGACGAAUAUUGUUUUAUCACAAGCCUACCCUGGCCAACGUGCCAGCUGGCGACAUCCCAGAUGUUGUUCCCGUGUAUCUGGGAUGUCCCAGGGGAAAUAUGGCCCUGGGGUUACCAUUGGAUGAGGCGUGGCAAGGGGAAGAACACCAGGAUACCACCUUCAACCAGAACCUGUCUUACACCAUCCUGAGCUGGCCGGAGGAUCACGUGCAGGACUUGCUCGAACUGUGGCGCCUUCAGGUGCUCUUUUUCGCGACGAUCAUCUUCAACAUCUUGGUGUCGGCACUACUUUUUUUCACGGAGAACCCUGACAGAACGCGCGUUGAAGGUUUCGCGAGAUCGGGUGCGUUCCCAAGGCCGUUCGAACAGCGCUCCCCCACCGAUGACCCGACAGGCUUGAGAUCAGAGGCAAGCGUGGCACCUCGCGGCUGCGUUGGUCCUCAGCCUUCUUGGCAUCGUGUGCGUGUUGGCUCGAUUGCGGGCGGGCAUUGCGCUCUACCUCGUGCUGACCGUCGUGAACGCCGUCGUCGGCCUGAGCCACUCCCCAGACCCUCUGUUCGCGUGCCGCUACGCCAUCGACGUUUUGCUAGUGGCGAUGGGCCGAUCGUAUUUGUCCUCGCUUUCGUACACGUGGGUCACCGCCUCCGCAGGAGCUGGGCGAUGGGGUUGGUAGUGUGAACAAGUACGAGGGAAUUAUGGUGGUGUCUGCGGAAUGGUCCGACCCAACUCAAGUCUCUGGAAAACACGGGGCUGCAAUUGCUGUGCUGCCUUCUCCCGACGAGUUUUGGCGGUGUUGGACGCGUAUCAGGACAGGAACUGAUUUGUUCUGUCAGAAUUAGAAUUGGUACUAGGGUUGCUCUCGAGAGAUUGCUGCGCGGGUUAGUUUAGAUGGAGUGUCGGGGUUAAACCUGCACGUGUCUAAUGUAAAAAGUUCCUGUCAGCGCUGAAUGUCGGAGACACUCGUACGUUGUGCAUCGAUUGGCAAUUGCUAUUUUCUGUUGGAAGAGGCCACUCUCAUUGGCACGAAUGCUUCGUGUGGACGAAUGGUUUCAAGACUGCGGCGAGUCCGGGACUCUGUUGUCCGUUUCCUGUGCAGGUGAUUUCAUGUGUACGUUUGGUGUAGACAAGGCGACACCAUCUUGUAUCUUUGGUGAUUAAAACUGGAAGGUAGAGCUUGUCGCAAAGGGGGCAAGGUUAACACAGUCAUCAUCAGGCCCGAAAGUCGUGUAUUCCCCGAGUGCGUCUCGCAGCAGUAUCCAGAACCGACUAAGUUUUUGUGAUGUGACACAAACGCACUUUGAAACACUUACUCGGAGUAUC